GUAUAUAUCUAUAAACAAUUGAAGGUAAAAGAAUCUAUUUUUGUUUUGUAACAAACGCCGUGUGCUGCAUCAUCACAUGUCAGACGCUUGAUAAAAGCGUCGAAAAAUUUUCAAGUUAAUCCGACACAUACUUAAGUAUGUUUUUUCAAACCGCAAAAGCAAUUGUAACAUCUCUUUGUUCACGUCACAUUGUCCGUAAAAAGAUUUCUCUAAAUGGCGCUAUUGGAAGACCUAAUCAAAUUCCCACACUUGUAAAAGAUAAUGCACGUACUGAUGUCUUUGGACUGCAGAACGAGACGACCGUCAAUAAAUUCUCUCCUUCCACAGUAAUUAAUAAUGCAAAAAAGACAACAAAAAAUACUAUUCCUACGAAGACUCCUGCUUACGAAGAUGAUGUAACGAUUUUCAAAGAGAGAACAAAUGGGACAUUUCCUCUCAGAUUUUCUUGCAAUACGGCAAUUCAAGAUGCAGCCCUAAAAACUUUACUCAGAAAUCCCGUUAGAGUAUCGGAUCGUUUGAAACUUGUUCUUGAAGCGAAACAAUCGGAAAUCAAUCGACGAAUUUCCAUAUUUUCCACAAAAAUAUUUAACUCGUGUUCGAUUCGCGCAAGAGAAUUUUGUACUCUCAGCAACAAGUCUCAAGAACAGAGCGAGAUGUUAACUCGCUACGGUCCACAUUACCUGUAUUCUCCUUGCAAAGUUUGGUGGCGAGAAUUUCACAGAUCGCUCUGUCGUGUCGAGCGCGACAAGUCGUGCAAAGAGACGAAGGAAAUCUACAAAACUGAGGAGAAGCGUGGCGAAUCCUUGGAAGAAAAGAGCGACAGGUGUCGUCGGGAGAAAGUCAAGUGCGAAAAGAGUCAACAUUCGGACGAAAAAAACAAAAAAACGGAAGUUAAAGAGAAGACGAAAACGGAGCGGAAGAACGCGGAUUUUGUAUGUAGGAAAACUUGCUUCGGAAGAGGCAAGUGCGACAUGCCUCAGACGAUUCCGCCGCCAAAAAUGGAGUACGCGAAGAUCACGUGUCCCCCGCCAAAGUUUGUGAAACCCAAUUUGUACGCGCCGAUAAUGACGGAAUAUACAAAAAAAGAGAACAAUUCUCGCGUGGAGACUUCGAGGCGGACAAAAACGCAGAAUAGACAAAUCUGUGCACCGCCACCGUUGCCGAAACCACCGUGCGAACCACUUGUUCUUUGCGCGUGUCCGCCACCAAGCAAAUUACACCCCGGCUCGUGUCCGCAUUAUGAUAUUAGAGUUACUAGUAAGAAACCUUCGAUAGGAACGUGUUUGUUGAAAAAAAAGGAGUAUCCGUGUCCUACCGGCGUACAUUAUUGUCCCCCGAAAAAGAUAGCGUACGAUUUGGAAAAAAAAAUCACCUUGUGUGAUCAUAGACAAAAGAAAGAAGUAGAAUAAAAUAAGCGGUGGUCGUCUCUUGAGCAGAAAGCGUGGGUAAAGAAAAUAGAAAUGCGACGUGAGAAAGAGAGAUCAGACGAAUAUCUGCACUAAUUUUCUUUUUUUUUUUUCGACUGAAGUAAUAUUGAUUCGAUUUAAGAAAAGAAUAUACGAAGCAAAUAGCAUCGCGAGAUCUAUGAAAUUAGAGGUUCAAUUUCCUGGAUUGAUAUAUAUUAUAACAAUGUAAUGCCGACUCGUUCAUCUUCCGUUCGCGGCCAAUAGUGUUAUUACACGGCUAUUAAUGUUACGCUUGUCGGUGAUUUUUUCCCUGAAAAAAAAAAAUACACACUAUUGAUCGUGUAAAUUUGAUGCAAGAUGAACAAGCCAGCUAUCAAUGCGUGUUACUUGUCGCAUGACUAACAGAUAUUAUUUAUUCUAAAAGUUUGUAAUAUUACGCGAGAUAAUAUUAAAGUCAAAAGAUAUUGAUAUGAAAGAUAUGAAAUUGUCGUCUCAUAUUGUAAGAUGAAAUUCUAUAAAUAAUAUGCAAAAUAUAUAUUUAAUAAUAGACAUUUUUUAAAUUUGAUUACAAACAAUUAAAUAUUUGUCUCGAUAUGUUGAAUAGAUUUUGUUGGUCAUGCGCCAUCUGAUAUGCAUUAUUAAUUUUUUUUUUUUUUUUAAAGAAACGUUCAAGUCUAAAUUUGAAUAGAUCUCGCGAUUAAAACAACUGAUUGCUUGCGCGUGUUCUUUAAAAUAUAACUAAAUUUUUUGGAUACUGAACUUAGUAUAUAAUUUUAUUUCUUGCCAUUUAAAAGAGUU